AUGUCGCGUCGUGUAAGAUCCCGUCAACGUCCGCAGGUCACAGCGGAGCCCCCGCCAGCACCGGAGCCUCCGCCCCAGGAACCACAGCCUUCAGAUGACGAGAAAUCACCAGACUGGAGACCUUCCCGACCGCCGUCGCCACCGCAGCGCCAAGACGAUGCCUCCGAAGGCUCAGAAGCAACAGCCAGACCAGCCAGACCUGAACCCGCCAGUCGAUACGCCAAUCUCAAUUACUGGAAAGCCAGACGAGUUACGUUUUAUAGGAACGGAGAUCCUUUCCAUCCUGGGGUUGAGUUUCGAUUUAAACUUGGCAGAGAUCUUGUAUCGAUGGACGCUUUGCUCGAUAGAUUGUCUGAAAGAUUGGAACUGCCACGAGGUGCGAGAUUUAUCUUCGGCAUGGAUGGCGAUAGGAAGUACAGGUUGGAGGAGUUAGAAGAUGGAGCGUCUUACGUUGUCUCUUCUUAUAAGACAUUCAAGUUUUCAACAUAUCUAUUAAUGGACCAUUUCUGUGAGUACGAAGCUUCGAAGCUAGCAAGUAGUAACGACACCGGGGUUCAAUGCACCACCUUGCACUUAAUAUGCAUCAAAGCAAACGCGUUUCGCUUCAUCAUGACAAAUUAA